AGGAAGCAUCUAUCUGCCAGCGUACCUUGACCACCAGAAUAAACUGUAAUCAUGUGUGAUGAUGAUGAGACUACCGCACUUGUGUGCGACAAUGGCUCUGGCUUGGUUAAGGCUGGAUUUGCUGGAGAUGAUGCUCCCCGAGCUGUCUUCCCUUCCAUUGUUGGAAGGCCCCGCCACCAGGGUGUGAUGGUGGGAAUGGGUCAGAAGGACAGCUACGUGGGUGAUGAGGCCCAGAGCAAAAGGGGUAUCCUGACUCUGAAAUACCCGAUUGAGCAUGGUAUCAUCACCAACUGGGACGACAUGGAGAAGAUCUGGCAUCACACUUUUUACAAUGAACUGCGUGUAGCUCCUGAAGAGCACCCCACCCUCCUCACUGAAGCCCCACUGAACCCCAAAGCCAACAGGGAGAAGAUGACUCAGAUUAUGUUUGAGACCUUCAACGUUCCUGCCAUGUAUGUGGCCAUCCAGGCUGUCCUCUCUCUGUAUGCUUCUGGUCGUACCACUGGUAUUGUACUGGACUCUGGUGAUGGUGUGACCCACAAUGUCCCGAUCUAUGAGGGUUAUGCUCUGCCCCAUGCCAUCAUGCGUCUUGAUCUGGCUGGCCGUGACUUGACUGACUACUUGAUGAAGAUCCUGACAGAGCGUGGCUACUCCUUCGUCACAACCGCUGAGCGUGAGAUCGUGCGAGACAUUAAGGAGAAGUUGUGCUACGUGGCUCUUGACUUUGAGAAUGAGAUGGCCACUGCUGCCUCCUCUUCCUCCCUGGAAAAGAGCUAUGAACUGCCUGACGGUCAGGUCAUUACCAUUGGUAAUGAACGCUUCCGUUGCCCAGAGACCCUCUUUCAGCCCUCUUUUAUUGGCAUGGAGUCUGCUGGAAUACAUGAAACUGCAUACAAUAGCAUCAUGAAAUGUGACAUUGACAUCCGUAAGGACUUGUAUGCCAACAACGUGCUUUCUGGUGGUACCACAAUGUAUCCUGGUAUUGCUGACCGUAUGCAGAAGGAGAUCACAGCCCUUGCCCCUAGCACAAUGAAAAUCAAGAUCAUUGCUCCCCCUGAGAGGAAGUACUCCGUCUGGAUUGGUGGAUCCAUCCUGGCUUCCUUGUCCACUUUCCAGCAGAUGUGGAUCAGCAAACAGGAAUACGAUGAAGCUGGCCCUUCAAUUGUCCACAGGAAAUGCUUUUAAACCAGUAGUCACCCGCUUCCAUCCAUACAUUUGUACGUCAUGCCGUGUUGUAUAUACAUGUCUAUGCAAUGUU